ACUUGUACCUUAUUUUGUUAAGAGCGUACACAGUGCCUCGCUGUCUACCAUGUGAAUCCCUUGUGCCUCUCUCUCUCUCUCUCUCUAUAACCCCAAACCCAACUGGCAAUUUUCAUACAAAAUCUCAUUCAUACCCUGAAUGACGAGAAUCAGGACAAAUUUUCUCUAGGAUUCGUCCCUGAUUCUCUUGGUUUUAUUUUCGCCAGCUCCCUCUCCUUCUUCAUUCAAGAACCCAGCUUUCAAUUUCUUGUUUCUUUGAUACAGCAAAAAUGAAUGUGUUUGCCUCUGAGUGCACUAGUGGUUGUGAGUCUGGUUGGACUCUUUACUUAGAACAAUCUUUUCUUUCUCCAACUCCAACAACCACUGCUGCUGCUGCUGGUUCUCGGAGAGGUUCCAAGCAAGUUGAUGGUAGAAAGAGUUCUGGGUUUUGUGAAAAAAAGAAGAAUGUUUAUGAAGAAGAAAGUGAUGAAGAUCAUGAACAUGAUGAGGAAGAUUUGUCCAUGGUUUCUGAUGCAUCUUCUGGGCCUCCUCAUCAUUUCCAGGAAGAUGAUGAAAGAAAUUACUUGUAUUCUGCAUUUAAGGAUGCUGCAUUGAUGAAUAAAAAUGGUGGAAAAAGGAAAAAAGAGCAAGAAGUACUCUCCUCUCUUCUUGAUGAUACUGCUAGCUCUCCUGCAUUCAACUUCUCCAAGAGUAGAGAUUUUGCUUUCAUGGCUAAAAAUCAAGCUUCCAUUCACAGCACAUUGGAUUAUCCACAAGCUGCUCAGUUUGAGGGGAGAUCUGCAUAUCAAGAACAUUUUGAUAAUUAUAUACAAACUUCUUCUCUAUCUGGAAACCAGAUAGAAAAUAACCAGUGGUUCUAAGAGGGAAGAGGAUGAUGAGAUUGUUGCCAUUGAAGGUUCUGUAAAACAAAAUGGAGCUAUAGAAGAGGCAAGACUGUUAAGUAAAGUGAAAAAAGAGAAAAGGAUCUCAUAAAGAUCUUGUUCUUUUUUUUUUUUGUAGUUUUUUUUUCCUGUCAAUGCUGUGGGAAGCACCCUGAGAGAGAAAAAAAAAGCUGGAAAUAAAUUUCUUCUUCUGAAAUUUUUUUUUUAUUUCUAUCUUGUUAAUGAAUAGUGGGUACAAAUGGCUGGCAGCCUCUGUGCAGGUUUUGCUCAGUCUUUGUAUUGAUGGAGCCCCAUGCUGUUUUUUCUUCUUUUAAAUAGAAAUAAAAAAAAAAAAUUGAGAUC